UUUCAGCAACAAAAGUUUCUACUUUUCAUUCAACCUUCGACAUGUCUAAGCUUUUCAUCGGCGGCCUCGCAUGGCACACCACUGAUGACUCCCUUCGUCAGGGUUUCGAGCAGUACGGCGUGGUUGAAGAAGCUAUCGUUGUCAAGGAUCGUGACACCAACCGCAGCCGUGGUUUCGGUUUCGUCCGUUUCAGCAACGACGCCGACGCUGAUGCUGCCAUGGACGCUAUGAACAACCAGGAGUUCGAUGGACGCACCAUUCGUGUUGACAAGGCCUCUGAACGCCCUGCCCGUAACAACGGUGGCUUCCACGGCCGUGGUGGCUACAACCAGUCCGAGGGUGCUCCCGGAAACGGUGGCCAACGUUAUGGAGGUGGCCGGGGUUACGGCGGUGGCGGCGAGUGGCGUCCCUCGAAUAACGCUGCUUAAAUGCCUCAGUCGAAAAUACCUAGCUCGUUUCUCUCCGUACCUUUUCCGCCAGAUAAGUUAUGAGAUACGAUUAUGAAAAUGAUCAUGCCGGGCUCUUUUAUCGCAUUUCUUGAGCGUGAAUGACGCACAAGUUCAUGAUGAUGGAAUUUAUUAGUGCUUUUUGCUUGUCUCUCAGUUUCGUCUUCAUCUCGCCUAUCGAGAUAAUUAAGAUUGGUUGACGGCCGUUGCAUGGCGACAUAUUUUUCCACCUAUUUUUCUUUUCCUUCUAGACUAAACACUCAAUACUCAAGCACUCCUCUUAGACUUCAUUGAUGUAUUGGCGUCGUUCCAGACUUGAUGGAAGCAGUCAUAUGGAUAUUCGGCCAUCUGGCUGUUGGUCCGACAGUUCGCAACGCUCAUACGACCACGGAGUAUAGUCCACUCUCUGAACCUCGCGAGCUCGUCAAAUAGGCAAAUGGUUUGAUUGGGUAUA